GCAUCAUCUCGGCACCACUACUUUUAUGACCUCAGUGAGUCAGGACCUCAGUUUAAUGUCUCCUCCGAAGGACGGCAUCUUCCACAGCAGUGUCCCCGUCACUCUACUGGGGCAUCGGGGAUUGAUGUUUUCGGCCAGAGGGAAGAGUGCCACCUACUGAUCACUGCUGGAAACUGCUUGGUUGACCGUGUAUGAAUUUUGUAUUUGUGCUGCCCUCGAACUUUUAUUUUGAAGCUUGUUAUUGGCGUAGAGCAGUCAGAUGGUAUCGGCUGCUGCUGACAGGAUUUCCGUUCGGCUGUUGGUCGGAAUCAAACUUUCAAAUCCCCUGAUUUACGACGAUAACAUAUUGAAAGAAAUUAUUGCAUAACACGUUCAUGACAUGUCUUCAAAACCUACGUGCUUAAUAGUGGCGAGUGCUGCUCCUCAAGGAGUCACAGCAAAGUCCUUCCAUCAGUCCUUCAGUCUCUGCAGCUCUGUCUUUAACCUACAGACAGCCACGCCCGGGGGGAAGCCUAUAGACUUCGUGGGAGUCGAUGAAAGCACUGCCAGAUGGGUGCAGGACUUCAGUGUGAAACCUUACGCAACACCAGCCAAACUUGAAUCUAUAGAUGGGGCCCGCUAUCAAGCACUCCUCAUACCAGACUGUCCCGGGGCACUGAAUGACCUGGCACACAGUGGCUCUCUGCACCGCAUCCUCACACACUUCAUCUCCCAGCAGAUGGGAUAUGGCGUGUCUGCUUUAUGCUGCUCCACCGAGGGACAACAGUGGAUCUUCAGUGGCUACAGUUUAACAGGGCCAUCAGUGUUUGAGCUGGUGCGGAUCCCAGACUUUGCCAACCUGCCCUUGAUAGUGGAGGACUUUGUAAAAGACAGUGGUGGCUCAUAUACAGCAAGCCAAGCGGAUGCCAUGCAUGUCGUCAUAGACAGACACUUAAUAACUGGUCAGAACGUCCAGUCCACUUCAGUCGCUGUGAAUAAUCUUAUCCUGCUCUCGACUGCAAGUAGAACCCCAACAUAAAUGCUUUAGUAAUGUGUGCAUUGCUUUUUUAAUUUACAGAUGUGUUUGAAAUGUAAUGGAUCAAUGUGUUUGUCAAUGAAAACUUCCUGGGAGAAAAAUGUGAAGUCUUCUUUAUUGAACAAAUAAAGUCAUUGACUUUUGAAUGUCAAGUGCAAAAGGGACCCAGACAUAUAUUCAAAAAGGGAUGGGUAAAUUACUAGAAUAGGAAUAAAUACAUGUCAUGAACCAAGAUGUUUCUCAGGACUUCAGCUGAUGGCACACAGGACUAAUUUCAGCAGAAGCCUGCAUGUAGGCCAAGCAAUCGAAGCACUUUAUUAACAAGUGUACGAAUUGCACAGCAUAUUAUACAAUUCGUGAAAUGAUUUCUCUGCCAUUAUAUCUGGAGUCUUGUCAAUCAAUAUAUUAAAAAUAAAUUAAAUUAGAUACCUCCGAUUUCCUGAAUGUUGGUUUAAUGUACUACUAUGUACCAUGCUUUUGAGGUAGUACAACCGUUACUGCCAUGUAUUUAUUCAAAAUAUGACACCCUGCCAACCCCAAGGUCAACUGCAGCACAAAUAUACUCUUGAUGGUUUCCGGUUAUCGGUUUGAGUCGAGGGCAACAAUUACUGCGUUUGGUAUGGAAGGUUUGGGAAGUGCAUUUUGCUAAUGUUCUUAAAAACCAGAGCAGUCCUUUUCCCACGUUAUAGGAGAUCAUAAAAGUAAUCCAGUCCUUGUCCUAAUUCCCACAUGGAAAUUCCUGCACCCAGUUCUGUGGCCAAAGAGAUCCUCAUGAAGAGUGACUGGAAAAUAAAUGAAAAAAUAAGUUAUUUCCCUAUAGUUUGACCUGAUAAACAUACAUGUUUUGCCAAAGCAUCUAAAGAGUUCUUACCUUAAGGGUCGGGUAGUACAUUUUACACUUGACGCCGUUGUUCCUAAAAAAUAAAAUGAGUAAAAAGUUAGUGAUUGGUGCCGAUGGAUGUUAACAAUAUCAUCCCUUAACCCAUAUUUAGUAUUCAUUACCUCUUGUAAUUAAAGUAAUGCUCUCCGGCAUAAUCAUCCCAAAGAAGCUUUGGCCUUUGUUCCCGCAGAACGUCAAUGUACCUGCAGAUAAUUAAUAAAAAAUGAAUGAAAAUGAAAAGGAUUUUGCCAUUAUCCAUUCAUCAAGUUUGAUAAGGUGUAUCAGGGUCCAGCGCUCUUCUUACUUCCCUCCCAGGACUGGAUCUGCUCCCUGGCUUGAGAAGUCCAUACCGUACAUGUUCAGCCCAAUCAGAAUCUUGUGUCUCCAUUGGCUGCUGGGGGCCAGCUCCAGAACACACCCCUUCAUCCAGGGCAGCGGGGCGCUCGGCCCGGGGCUAAGAAACAGUCAUACAUGUUUAACGUUGCGCCAGGUUUGUUGUCGUAUUAACAUGUGACACAAGAGCAUGCUAGCACCUACUCUCCUGCGCUGGAGUAGUCGUAGGUCAUCAAGCUGAAUCCAUCCACAACGGGAGCCAACUGCUCAAACUCCUCUCUACCAAACAUGCCUGGCUUGCCAUAGCUGUUUAUAAUGCACAUGUUUUUAUCAAGGUCAGAAAGGAUGCCUGAAGUCGUUGUAUCAUUUGCAUUAGGUACAUUUCCCAUUCGGGUUACCUGGUCAGAACAGGUGGGAUGACCAGGAAACAGUCCAACCUUUUAGCCUUCAGAGUCUCACAGACGUGUUUGAUCAGGUGGACCAGCUCACUGCAAUGUCAAGAACAUAGUAGACUUGACUAGUUGAAUUUGAACCCAGGGUAAAACCUGUGGCAGCAAGGCGACAGGAAUCAUUAUGUCCUGAUGAGCUCACCUUCUUUUGUUCCCUCCCAGCUGGCUCCACAGCUCCAAUGUAAAACCAUGAAAGUGCUCUGUCUGUUGAUGAAAACACGGCACGAUGCCAUCACCAAUACAGUGAACGCCAGGUGGAUGCACCGUACAUUAUGCAAGCUGCUGUGGAACGUGCCCCAGUAAUACAUUACCGUUGCAACGUCCACUAGCUCACUGGCCAGCUCCUCGAUCUCAUCUUCAUUCUCCAGAACAUUCAUGUAGUCCUUAUAGGACCAACCGUCAAACAGCAGCCGAGGCACUGAGACGGAAGAGGAUCUACACUUAAAACCUUUGAACGAAAUAUAGACCUAUGGUCCUGACCAUAGACCUGAAGGGUACAGAAUAUAGACCUGUAGAAACUGUGAACGAAAUUGCCCAUUUUGGGAUAAAUAAAGUUUUUCUAAUCUUUAAAAAUCGGUAAAACUCAAAUCAAACAAAGCAACGUGUAACGAAUAAUGACAUAUUUUUUAGGUUGUCAUUAUUCAGAAGAAGAACAUUAACUUACCUAUUCUGAUUUUUCUGUUGGUCUUAAUCACAGCUUUGACCCAGCCUAUAUGGGAGAACAAUUUUAUUUUAUGAGAUGCUUUUACCAAAACCAAAUACUAUUGAUAAAUAUUUAAACGGAGGCCCCUGAAUCGGCAUAAAGUUUUAAAUUACAAUGCCAUCUCCAUACCCGGAUCAUGGUCUUGAAGUCCGGUGACGUCAUAGCUGUUCUUUCCUCGCCUGCGAACCUGAAGCCACACUGGAGACACUGAGCUCAGCUUCGAGCCAAAGACCUUCACUAUUUCAUAGCCAUGGGAAUUCCACUGAGGAGACCAGGGAGUGAAAGUGAAUAUUGCAUAUUAACUGUUGGACUUGAGG